AUGAGUAACUCGUUUUUCUAUGGGGUGUAUUUGCUCUGCAGUCAAAGUGGAAAACGCUACAAUGGACGCUGCUAUAUUGACCAACCCAAACGCCGUAUAAAUCAGCAUACGGGUAAAGAUUUUGGUGGCGCAAACGCUCCAGUAACAAGGACCUGGCAAAUGGUUAUGAUAGUACAUGGGUUUCCAAAUAAUAUUUCAGCAUUAGUGGGCUGGCAACAACCGGCCCUUUCUACACUAAACAAUAUUGAGUUGCGACGUAAAUAUCCAAAAGAAAGCCAUUUCCAAUAAUUUUCGAAUAUUAGCCGUAUGUUAAGUGGGCCAUGGAAUAGAUUACCACUCACUAUACUGUUAGAAAGCGAAUACGAAUGUGAUUUAUAUGUAUCUAAACCACGCUUCAUAGGAAAUGUAAGCGGCCACGUUCAGUUACCAAAUUCUCAAGUCUCUCGACAUAAAAGGCGAGAACCACCAAAGGCUAUUUGGGCAACCGAGUACUUAUGUAUGCAACGCAGAGACCCUGAGCGUUCGCGUAUUGGAUGCACUAACUCACUAUGUACCACUUGUCACAUUAUUUGCUUAGCCAAUUAUAUAUUAUCUUCCGAUGAAAACAAUCGUGGGCAUUACAUACCAAUUGCUGGUGAAUGUCCGUUGUGAGAGAAAUUUACUUGGGUCGCUUUACUACAGCGUAAGCGUAAGAUUCAACAAAGUGGUGUGGAACAUAUUGAAGAGGAAGAUGAGGACGAAUAUGAAGAUGAUAGUGAUAUUAAUGUAACUAAAUCUGAUAGUGAGAAUGAAAGUGCUGAACCUAACAAUGAAUUCGAUAAAUCUGAUUUAUGCAAGUUGCCGUUCUUAGGGAGCAAAUAUACAAAAUGUAAGCGGCGAUCAAGAUGA